UAAGACCGUAAACAUCUGUGUUUUAUUUGUAAAAGUUAUACCGGCUACUUUUAAAAUAGUCACUUCAAUGUUUUAGAGUAUUUUUUUGCUUUUGCUCUUUGUCCUCGCUUGUUUUUCGUGUGAUUUUACACAACGCUAGUAAUGGCGAGCUCGGCUAACUCGAACCCAGUGCCUAAACUGUACAGGUCUGUGAUUGAUGAUGUCAUCAAUGAAGUACGGGAACUCUUUCUGGAUGAGGGUGUGGAUGAACAAGUACUUAUGGAGCUCAGAACGCUUUGGGAGAAUAAGCUGAUGCAGUCAAAGGCAGUGGAGGGCUUCCACACUGAGGAGCAGCAAGCUCUGCAGGCGCAGCAGCAGCAGCAGGCUCAGCAAGUCCAACAGAGCCAACAGCAGACCCAGACCCAGCACCAGGUCAUCCUGCCCCCACAGCAGCAGGCUCCACAGCAGCAAGUCAUCGUUCAGGAUCCCAAGAUCCUCCAGGCCAUGAAUGCAACGGGAAUGAGUGCAGCUGCAACCGCAGCCACACUGGCUUUGCCCACAGGGGUAGGACCGUAUCAGCAGCUCAUCACCAGUCAAGGUCAGAUCCUUCAGGUGGUGAGGGCGGCAAACGGAGCUCAGUACAUCAUCCAGCCUCAACAGCAGGUGGUGCUACAGCAGCAGGUUCUCCCUCAGAUGCAGCCAGGAGUGCAGGCCCCCGUCAUCCAGCAGGUCCUUACCCCACUUCAAGGAGGCAUCCCCCAACAAACAGGGGUUAUCAUCCAGCCCCAACAGAUAGUCCUCGCCGGGAACAAAGUACAGCAGAAUGCACAGGUCAUGCAGACGGCAACCAUGACGACGCAGCCGGGCCAGGUGAGUGCUGCACAGGUGCAGGCUCAGUCCCAACAGCAGCAACAGCCGCAGCAGCAACAGCAACAGCAGCCUGCCCAGCAACAACCUCCCAUGAUGCUCCAGGUGGACGGUGCUGGGGACACCUCCUCGGAGGAGGACGAGGAAGAGGAGGAUGAGUAUGACGAGGAUGAAGACGAGGACAAGGACAAAGAUGGCGGAGAGGACGGCCAGGUGGAGGAGGAACCCCUUAACAGUAGCGAUGAUGUCAGCGAUGAAGAGGAUCAAGAGCUUUUCGAUACAGAGAAUGUAGUUGUUUGCCAAUAUGACAAGAUUCACAGAAGUAAGAACAAAUGGAAGUUCACUCUGAAAGACGGCAUCAUGAACCUGAACGGGAGGGACUACGUGUUCUCCAAAGCCAUAGGGGAUGCGGAGUGGUAAGCAAAAUGCAGCAAAACCGAACAUGAAGAGAAAAAAGGGGGAAUUGAAACAAUGGGACAGGCGCCUGGAAUUGUCCAAUCCCGAUGUUAGAGACACAUCAAGACCUGGGACUGUAUGCAUUUCAGUUGGUGUGUGUGUGUGGUUGGCAGGCGUGUGGGAAUACGAUGACGCCCUUUAAACACACAAAAAAAACUGUGAGUCGCAAAUCCCGCUAAUGGCAUAAACACACACACACACACACACACACACACACACACACAAUUCUUGAAUGCCAGUGACUGGCAGCUUAUUGCUAGCAGAUCACACAAAGUGGAAGAAGUUUCACAAAUCAAUCGUUUUCUCACUCGGAUCAUCACCUCGAUCGACUAAAUCGUGAAGUGAGAAAUUCAAGAAGAGAGAAAAAAGUAUCUACGGAUAGCGGACCAUGUUGAACUUUUACCCAUCCAGACCAUUAAUAAUGCCCAUAUUUCGACCAAAAUAUUAAAAUAAAUAAAUAAAUAAAUAAAUAAAUCCAUUAAGGCAGGAAUGAAGUGUGGCUUGAAGUAGAGUGACUUCAAGAGUGUGUGCGAAAUAAGCACCAACAUGAAGAUAGCCUUUUUGAUUGCACAUGUUCUUUUUAUCAGCCUCACGUCAGCACAUUCUGGUGCUACAUCCCAAUUCCGUUCUCUUGUUCUAUAUUCCUGCCACACAGAAACGUGCCUAGUCUGUCCUGGUCCCCAGCCUACAAACAUUCAUACCCUGCCAUUAUUUUAAAGAAUAGUUAAUAAAGGAAGUAACCUUUUUUUAUCCAGCGGGUAAACACUACACAAAGGUGCCGAAGAGCAAGCUGUUAAUACGCGAUGUAGUAUAAACAUUUCGAGCAGAUGCAAAGCAGCAUAUCAGCUGAGUAAAUGAAACCAAGUUCUUGUUCGAUUUCCACAAUCUCAAACGUCAUUGACUGAACUUCUUUUUGUUUUGUUUUCCAUGUUUAACGAACGAAUUAAACCAAUGAGAAGCGUAGCAAUGUGUAAUUGGAGUUUUUGCACUCUCUGUGUUUGGCCCCCCCCCCCCCCCCGCAUGCUUUUUCCCCGAUGGCUUUGUGCGCUUGUGUGUCUCGUGUGUGUGUCAGGUCACUUGUCCUUCGUUAGCCUACAACAACAAUGUCUGUACAAUGUUCUUGACACUUCACUUCCUCCAAUGUUACAAGAAAGUAGAGGGUGUUUUUUUAUUUUUGUAGUGUUUUUCUUUUUUUUCUUUCUUUUUUUGUGAAUAUUUAUUCCUGAAAGCUCAGGCACCAUUGUUAAUUAUUUGGGGCGGGAUGGGGUUACACACUGUACCAAACUGUGCUCUUAGAAAAUGAAAAGAGAAAAAAGUUUUUUCUUCUGUUGGCUGGACAAGACUCCAUCAUGUGCUCUACUGUCAAUUUCAGCCUAGUCUUGGGCUUGACUUUUAAUCAUGUCGUUCUUUUCAGAGUGGUUUCAUUUAGUUCCUUGUCUACUCAAAAGUCCCUGCCCUAAUUUGCUUGAGGCGUGACUCACUCACGUAAGUGAGAGAUCAAGGGAAAUUUCACCUAACUAGAUCACCCUACCCCCUCUUCCCGCCAGAACUGAAUGAUUCUCAUCACCAUAGCAGUUGGAUGGAACUGCAGGUCACUUCUCUGUGACUGUAAAUUCUUAGAAAAGAUUUUAGAAUAGGUGUGCAAAAAUAUAUAUAUAUUUUUUUUUUUUUUUUCUCCAUAGUCCAGUGCUUCUCACUGUCCAUUUCUUAUUUGUGCCUUUUUGAUUUGUUUAAUAUCAGCUUACCGGCGAAUAAAUAAAGGAUGGUAUUUAAUGAUGCAGGUGUUUUAAAGAAACCGUAUUCUCUGCUUUGUUUUUAUAAUUGUUUAUCUACCACGCGUUUCAGCUGCUGUCUGAAGAACUGUUCUGAGAGGGAAAUGUAUUACGUUUGUAUAAUUCACAAUACUGUUUCUGAAUCAAGGUUGUUCUUUGUAAAUUACUUGACCAUCCCUUGGAAGGCUGUGCUUUGAAUACCAAUUAUUAGAGAAGUUAGUAUUUUGUUGAACUGAAACCCAUUGAGUUUUUGCCUUUGCUAAACUUUUAAUUAAAGUAAUAUGGGAAAAAUAAAAGUGUGUUGAAUUUUGGGA